UUCUCUCAGAGCACGAAUCAAAGACUUCGGCCCAGGCGCGUGGCCGGUAUUCCCACGUGGCCACUGUGAUGAAUGGAAACGUGCUCCUUGUGGCGGGAGGCUACAGCGGAGUGCCACGGGGUGACCUGCUAGCUUACAAAGUGCCCACCUUCGUCUUUCAGGUGCCAUCUCAGAUGUACCAUCUGGAUUACUGCUCUAUUUACACGGAAAAAAGCACAUGUGCCAAGGACCCAGAAUGUGCCUGGUGCUCCCGAGGAUGCCAGAGCACUCAGCCUCGUAACCUUUGCCCCAACAGUGGCUGUCUGGGCUUGGCCCGCCUCUUAGUCGACUGCCAAUCUUGCCUCGCCUUUGGCGACACCAACGGUUCUCUGCCCCGAGCUUCCGGUCCCUUUGGCUGGUGUGUGCAAAACGAGACUUGCAUGCCCAUCUCAGAACAGGGCAGAUGCCAAGUGGGGAAGAUUUCAGGUACCUACGGCUGGUGGGGGCCCCAGUCCUUCUUCAUCACCUCCCUGGCCCAAUGUCAGCGCGAAGAUUUCUUGCCCGGCCUUCAUCUGAUUACCUACCAGCAGCCACGCAAUGACUCCCAGCCGGACAAGGUCUCCAUCGUCCGAAGCACCACCAUCACCCUGAAUCCCAGCACAGAGAUGGACGUCUCGCUGGUCUACAAGGGAUUCAUUCACCCCCUGGUGAGCAGCUCUGGGCCCGCGGAAGACAUCUCCAUCUGGGCACGCAUCCAGCGCCUCUUUGUGGUGGCGAAAUUAGGCCGAACCCCGGGCGCAUCGGAGCUG